AUGUUCGGUGCUGGUGCCGAGUUCUCAGCCGAUCUCACAUUAAAUGAGUUCAUUCGCCGAUAUGCUGAGUUACGGGGCACUAAAUACAUGUGUCGGGAAGGAGGUUGCGGGGCAUGUGUGGUCACCGUUCAAGCGAUAUCACCUAUCACUAAGGAGAUAUGCACAUUCUCAGUUAAUUCUUGCCUUGUCUUAGUAAUGUCAUGCGAUGGUUGGGAUAUAAAAACGAUUGAAGGCAUCGGUAAUAGAAAAAAAGGUUACAAUAUCAUUCAAAAACGUCUCAAUCAUUACUUUGGCUCACAGUGUGGGUAUUGCAGCCCUGGCUUCGUAAUGAGCAUGUACAGCCUUAUAAAAGGAAGCGAUCGCCAUCUAACUGAGGCAGAAAUAGAAAACUCUUUAGGCAGCAACCUUUGUCGAUGUACUGGCUACCGCCCCAUUUUAGAAGCAUUCAAAUCUUUUGCCGUCCAUCCAAACGCGAAUAUAUUGAGUAAGAUAAAAGAUAUUGAAGAUAUAUCUCAGCAAAUAUGUCCCAAAUCGGGUAAAACGUGUGGCGGUACUUGUGAGACGAGCGAAAACUGGUGUUUGGUAAAUAUAGAUACUACGAGUGCUUUGAAUUUACCAAAGAAAAUAUCGUUAGCGGAUGGAAGACUUUGGUACUCCGUUGGUGAUAUAAGGUCGAUUUUUACUACUUUAAAUGAAGUUGGUUAUGAAUCGUACAUGUUGGUAGCCGGCAAUACUGCAAAAGGAGUACGUCCAAUCUUGUCCUACCCGAAAGUUCUGAUAGAUAUAAGCAAUAUAAAGGAAUUGACCACACAUUACUUUGACGUCAAUCUGGUUCUCGGAGCAAACAUGACUUUAACUGACACAAUGAAUUUAUUUAAAGAAGUCGCCAAAUCCGAUGAAUAUUUUUGGUAUUUAGAUAUAUUGUAUAAACAUCUAGACGAAACCGCUCAUAUACCUGUAAGAAAUAUUGGAACUCUUGCAGGUAAUCUGGCUUUAAAAAAUUCAGAUCCCUGUUUUCAAUCGGAUAUAUUUUUAUUAUUGGACUGUAUGGGUGCCACUGUAACUCUAGUUGACCGCAAUAUGACUAAAAUAGAGAUGGAUUUACCAACAUUUUUAACCACGAAUCUUACAGGAAGAUUGAUGACUCAGAUUAAACUACCACCGUUAUCCAAGCAUUAUGAGCUAGUAACUUACAAAAUAAAAGUGAGAGAACAAAAUGCUCAGGCUGAAGUAAAUUCAGGAUUUCUUUUGAAAUUUAACCCCAACACACAUCUUAUUGAAGAAGCGUCUAUUGUGUAUGGUAAUAUUAAUCCAUCAUUCACCCAUGCUUACAACACAGAGAAGUUUUUGAUCGGUCGAAAUGUAUUUGAUAAUGAUACCUUACAAUCGGCUUUACAUGUUCUGGAAAAAGAAAUUAAUCCCGAUUACCGCCCACCUUACUCGCCACCUCACGUGAGAAAAAAGGUGGCUUUGGGCCUGUUUUACAAGAGCGUGAUAAAAAUUUGCCCAAAAGAUAUUUUAAAGCUAUGUUAUAAAACUGGCGCUACCACGCCUACUGACGAUCGACCUCAAAUAAGUCGAAGCUAUCAAGAAUACGACACGGAUAAAAACGAUUAUCCAAUAACACAACCACUAUUGAAAAAAGAAGGAAUGAUUCAGUGUGCUGGUGAAGCUGUCUACAAUGAUGACAUUCCCACUAUUAAAGAUGAGUUGUUUGCCGCCUUUGUUCUUUCUACCGUGGCUAAGGGAGAUAUAGAAAGUAUUGAUAGUAGCGAAGUAUUGAAAAUAGACGGCGUUGUAGCUGUGCUCACUUCUGCUGAUAUCCCUGGUGUAAACAGUAUUAUUCGACCCGACUUUCUACUUAUGUAUGAAAAUGAAGAACUUUUGGCUAGUGAGAAAGUAACUUUUUACAAUCAGCCAGUAGCUAUUAUAGUGGCAGUAUCUCAAGCUUUAGCUGAUAGAACAGCCUGUUUGGUCAAAGUGAAGUAUAAGAAUAUACCAAAAAAGCCAAUUGUAUUCACUAUAGAAGAUGCUAUAAAUGCGCCUAAAGAAGAAAACAGGCUUGUACGUUACGACGGUAUUACACCCGUGGAAAGGGGAGCUAAUAUUAGACGAAUAAUCACAGGAAAAUUUAUUAACCCUCUUCAAUAUCACAAUAUGAUGGAAUUGCAUACAUGUGUUACGAAACCUGUUGAUGAAGGGUUUGAAAUGACCUCAUCAACCCAAUUCAUAGACAUAGUGCAAGCAGUUACAGCUCAAUUACUUAAAAUGCCUGAAAGUUUGAUCACUGUAAAAACACGACGUUGUGGAGGUGGAUUUGGAUGCAAAAUUAGUAGAUCGAAUUUCGCUGCAUGCGCCACAGCUUUAGUUGCGAAAAUCCUUAAUAGACCAUGUAGAAUGUCAAUGUCAAUGCCAAGUAUAAUGCGGGCUACAGGAAAAAGGCCGAACACCAAACUUGACUACGAGGUUGGAGUCGACGAUAGAGGUGAAAUUCAAUAUAUGAAUGCUGUGUUUUACAUAAACGACGGACAUUCUAGUAAUGAAAAUGAGAAUCUUUACGCCACUGAGUCCCUUAAAAAUUGUUACAAUCCUAGAAGAUGGAAAGUAGACUCUUUCGGAGUGCUUACAGAUGCACCAACUAAUGCAGUCAUGAGGGCUCCAGGGGGAUUGGAAGGUAUAUCCGGAAUUGAACAUAUAAUGGAUCAUAUAGCAGCGGAGUUAGAUCUAGAUCCAUUAAAGGUACGCAUGGCCAAUUAUAGACAGGAAGAUAAUGAUUUGCCCUCUUUAGUACCCAUGUUUUUGGAAAGAAUUAAUUAUAAAGAGAGACAAGACCAUGUGAAGGAUUUUAAUAAAAUUAAUAGGUGGAAGAAACGAGGAAUACGAUUAAACAAUAUGGCUUUUCCGACCGCAUAUCUUGGUAACUAUUUGGCUCUAGUAAGCGUGUACCAUGGCGAUGGAAGUGUUAUUAUCAACUGUGGAGGAGUUGAAAUCGGACAAGGUAUAUUUACUAAGGUUGCGCAAGUGGCAGCUGCUCAAUUUCAGGUUCCAGUUGAAACUGUAUCUAUCGCACCAUGCUAUAACUUUGCUACUCCAAAUAACUUCGCAACAGCAUCUAGUAUAUCAAGUGAAUGCUGUGCUUAUGCUGUGUUACGAUGCUGUGAUCAAAUCAAUGCACGGUUGGCACCGUUCAGAGCGAGUAUGCCAACGGCGUCAUGGCGGGAAAUAGUAUUUGAAGCUGAUAGGCAAGGUGUGUUACUGCAAGCAAAUUAUCUGACGAGUCCAAAUGAUCCACGUUUAAUUAAUUAUUCGAUAUUUGGGGUUGCUGUAACCGAGGUUGAGGUUGAUAUUUUGACUGGGAGCAAAUGGAUUGUUCGAGCUGACAUACUUGAAGAUGUUGGACGUAGCAUGAAUCCAGCAAUAGAUGUUGGUCAGGUGGAAGGAGCAUUUGUGCAGUCUUUGUCUCUGUGGACAAUGGAAAAACAUGACUUUAACGAAAACACUGGAGAAAUAUAUACGGAUCGGACUUGGACUUAUAAAAUAAUGGGGGCUAAAGACAUCCCUAACGAUUUCCGAGUGUUCUUCAGACGAAAACGACCAAAUCCUGUUGGUAUUUUGGGGUCUAAAGCUACAGGUGAACCACCGUGUUGUUUAGCUUAUGCUGUGGUUGAAUCAAUGAGAGAUGCUAUAAAUGAUUCACGAAAAGACAGCGGCUACAAAACUAGCUACCUUCCUUUGAAGGUUCCAGUUAAUAUUGAAAGCAUUGUUGAGGCAGCUGAUGUUAAGAUAGACGAGUUCCUACUAUACUGA